ACUCAUUUGUCUUUUAUAUUGGCCAUGCAGAGGUUUAUAUUUAAAUCUUGUUUGUAGUUCUACUUGCAAGUUAUCUUUUUAGGCUUUUCCUUUGUUCUUUUCGACUAUUCUGGUGGGCUUUCAUUUUCCUUUGAUGUUAUCUCUUGUAGGUUGGAUUUCAGUUUGAAUUUGUGCUGUCAUAGUUAAUCUAUUAACUAUGGUGCUGUGUCUUUAUAUGUUGUGUACCUGCCCUAGUUAUUCAAAAUUUGGAUUUCUUUUAUCUAUUUUUGCAGACUACGCGGUUCCAAGGUUACUUACUUAUACCGAAGGCGACAACGCUGCAUUCAGUGAGCUCAACAACGCAAGCGAGAGUAUACGUCGUCUUGAAUUCGGUGUUUGGUUGAAUAGUAGCAAUUGGAAUCCAUGCGGUGUCAUAGCUAUACACGAUACACAAUUGCUGUAUAAGCCGUAUGACAAAGACGCUAUGUGCAAACCUUUCCUUUCUCGUCUGAAGUUCCCAACAAAAGAAAACCUAGAGCAAGGAAAAUCGGCCACGGUUUUGCAAGACAUAUCCUUGAAUGACGAAAAGAUCUACUACACUGCUGUUUGUCUUGAAGGAAAGCACGAAAAUGAGGAUCCUGUAAUACAAGAGCUCAAAGUAUUGCCUAGGCAAGUGACGGUAAACACACCAAAAUCACCGAUGGUCACUGCAAAAACCAACAGACCAACGAUGGUCACCGCAAAACCCAACAGCGCUGCAGCGAAAUCAGAGUACCAGAAGAUUGUAGUACUUUUCGUGUGCUUCGCGCUUCUGAUGACACUGACUUCAAUUUAAUCACAGGGCCUCAACAUUUUUUCAGUGAUAAUGUAAAGUAGCUAAGGUUAGGUAAGGUCAAAAACGAGUCAAAAAGAGUCAGUUUAAUAUUCGGACGGGUUUCAAAAACCGUUUGUCUUUUGCCCGUCUUUUUAUGCCCUUGAGCCCUAAUGGGGUAUGAGUCAAAAGCUCAUGAGGCAGAAGGCACGCGGAUUGGUUAUUGACUAAUAUUGACUCAUAGGCCAUUAGAGCGAGAGAAAUCAUUGUUUUAGACAAAUCCAACUAGUGGGUCAAAUAUAUAAAUGCAAAUAAGUUUUGAAUAGACCUAUCCCGAAUUCGCAU